AUGCAUCAACUUUUCAGAUUGGUUUUGGGGCAAAAAGAUCUUUCAAGAGCUGGGGAUCUCUUCUCUUUAGAUGAUGCCGAGAUUGAAGACAGCCUGACGGAAGCGUUGGAGCAGAUUAAAGUCAUUAGCUCAUCUUUGGAUUACCAAACUAAUAAUAAUGACCAGGCAGUGGUUGAAAUCUGUAUCACAAGGAUCACAACAGCCAUCAGAGAGACGGAAUCCAUUGAAAAGCAUGCCAGAGCCCUGGUGGGACUGUGGGAUUCCUGCUUGGAACACAACCUGAGACCUGCAGGGAAAGACGAAGAUACUCCGCAUGCAAAAAUCGCCUCUGAUAUCAUGAGUUGCAUCUUGCAGAAUUACAACCGGACCCCUGUGAUGGUCUUAGCUGUGCCCAUUGCAGUGAAAUUCCUCCACAGAGGUAACAAGGAACUGUGUAGGAACAUGUCCAACUACCUCUCCCUGGCUGCCAUCACCAAGGCAGAUGUCCUGGCUGAUCACACCGAGGGGAUAAUAAAGAGCAUACUCCAAGGAAAUGCCAUGCUGUUGAGGGUGUUACCUGCUGUGUAUGAAAAGCAGCCUCAACCAAUCAACAGACACCUGGCAGAACUCCUGGCCUUGAUGUCUCAAUUGGAACAGACAGAACAGUACCAUCUCCUACGGCUUUUGCAUGUAGCAGCAAAGAGAAAAGAUGUGGAGGUGGUUCAGAAAUGUAUCCCUUUCCUCAUCAGGCAUUUGAAGGAAUCAACCCAUAAUGACUUCAUCCUAAACAUCCUCAUAGAAAUAGCAGGCUAUGAGCCACUGACCUUGAGCGGUUUUCUGCCAAUGCUGAAGGAGAUUGGGGAGAGAUUCCCCUACCUCACUGGACAAAUAGCUAGGAUCUUUGGUGCUGUUGGACAUGCAGAUGAAGAAAGAGCCAGGAGCUGCCUAAGAUACCUGAUAAGCCAGCUGGCUAACAUGGAGCAUUCAUUUCACCAUAUUCUGCUGCUGGAAAUUAAGAGCAUCACUGAUACCUUCUCUUCCAUCCUGGGCCCUCACAGCAGGGACAUCUUCCGAAUGAGCAACAGCUUCACCAACAUUGCCAAGCUGCUUUCCCGACAUCUGGAAAAUGGCAAGGCUGGGAAUGGUAGGAGAAAAACUAGUACUGAAGUUGGUGUUCCUGAGAAAGUGGGAGGAGCCAAGACCAAGGAGCCUGAAAGUGAAGACCAUGAAAAACUCCAAGUUAAAAUCCAAGCCUUUGAAGACAAAAUAAAUAGUGAGAGCAAUACCCCUGCUUCUGUCCGGAGAAACAGCUUAGACCAUGUCUCUAAAGAAGAACAAAGAAACAUUAGAUUUAGCAGGUCCAGGAGUUUGGCUUUGAAUACUGUGCUCACAACUGGUAUGAGAGCAGAAGAUGAGGAUGCUGAAGAAAGAGCAGGAGUACAUGCCAGCAUCUCUCUUUCAGAAAUAGACCCACUUAUCCAUGGAAUUGGCAAGUUGCCUCUCAAGAUAGAUACCCAUGGAUCACAGCUGAGAAAUUCCUCAGCCUCACAUCCAAGUAUUAUACAUAGAGAACCAGAAAAUAUGCCCAAAACUGUUAAAGAAAACAUCCAGGAAGAAAUUCCAGAGACAGCCACAAGUCCUGUUGAAUACCAAGAUAAGCUCUACUUGCAUUUAAAAGAAAACUUCAGUAAAGUGAAGGCUUAUGCCAUGGAAAUCACUAAGAAGGUCCCAGUCCCAGACCAGUGCACCAUUGAAGAAACCAUGAGAAGUUGUGUGGCAAAGCUGUUCUUUACCUGUUCCUUAAAGGGUCAUUACUGCCUGUACAGCAAGUCCAGUUUCACCCUCAUCAGCCAAGCACCCCAGCCAUGGAUCCAGAUCAUGUUUCUCUUCCAACAGAGCUUGUUUCCUGAGCCCCUGUCCAUUCAGAAUGGGUCUGUACAGUUCCUCAAAGGCCUAUGGGAGAAGACACAGGCCAGCGGGACACACAGCUUCGAAGACGCUAUGACAGAGUCCACAUUUCCACAGCAGAAGGAUCUGGACCAGGUGCAGCUCCAUCUGGAAGAAGUGAGGUUCUUUGACGUGUUUGGCUUCAGUGAAACAGCAGGGGCAUGGCAAUGCUUCAUGUGCAACAACCCUGAAAAGGCUACUGUUGUAAAUCAGGAUGGCCAGCCUCUCAUUGAAGGAAAACUUAAAGAGAAACAAGUCAGAUGGAAGUUCAUCAAGAGGUGGAAAACUCGUUAUUUUACACUGGCUGGAAACCAACUUCUGUUUCAAAAAGGAAAAUCUAAAGACGAUCCUGAUGAUUCCCCAAUAGAACUCAGCAAAGUACAGAGUGUGAAGGCUGUGGCUAAGAAACGCCGGGAUCGCUCUCUCCCUCGGGCUUUUGAAAUCUUCACAGAUAAUAAGACCUAUGUUUUCAAAGCCAAGGAUGAGAAGAAUGCAGAAGAGUGGCUGCAGUGCAUCAAUGUGGCGCUUGCCCAAGCAAAAGAGAGAGAGAGUAGAGAAGUGACCACGUAUCUAUAAAGACAUAUACACCACCCCUUAUGACCAUGAUGAUAAGCAUUGCCAAUGUCAACAGAAAGAGAAAUUCACUAUGGCAUACUGGGUUUCACUAAAUACCAGUGAAAUCAUUAUCCCUAAAAAGGAGGGCCUAAAGUGACAGGGUUCUCAGUAAAUCUCACACCCUCACAACUCUUAUAUUAACUCCAAGAUAUCUUGAAGUACAUGAGAAAGAGAAGCCAUAGAGUUUCCGUUGGAGCAUGUAGGGGGCUAGGAAGAGAAAGUGAUGAAUGAAGAAACUUCUGUAGCUAUGUGAUUUAUGACUGUAAGAAAACAGUAAGUGGGGCCAGUGAGAAGGCUCAGCAGGUAAAAUGUACUUGCUGUCAAGCCUGAUGGCCUCAGUUCUAGCCCCAUAAUUGACCUGGUGGAAGGAGAGAACCAACUUCCAGGAAUUAUCCUCUGUCAUCCACGUAACAUGGUGCAUUCAUACCCCCAGCAAAUAAAUAAAUAAAUAAAUAAAUAAAUAAAUAAAUAAAUAAAUAACUGGGAUUGUAAAAACAAAUGCCUGAAAGAUCUGCUUUGAAGAAAAACCACUACAUUUAAAACAUAUAUUUUUAAAAGCUAUUAGGAAAAGUUGAACUAAUGUAUGCUGAAGAAAACCAAUAAUUUUAAGAUGAGCAGUGGCAGCACAUGCUUUUAAUCCCAGCACUCAGGAGGCGAGAUAGGCCAAUCUCUGUCAACUUGUAACCAGCCUGGUCUACAGAGUGAGUCCCCGGACAACCAGGGCUAUACAGAAAA